UUGUUUACCUUAUAAGGAAGGUCAACAUUACCAAGUCGAAAGUGCCUGUUAUCUUCCCCUCAGUUUCAACAAAUAGUUCCCUGAACCAGAACAGUCGGUGUGAAAGAUGGCUGGGCAUUCAAUCUUGCUGGCCGCUGUCUCAGUCUUGUCCGCCUGUCAACAAAGUUAUUUUGCUUUGCAUGUAGGAAAGGCAAGAUUAAAAUACAAAGUUACGCCCCCAGCAGUCUCUGGGUCACCAGAGUUUGAGAGAAUAUUUCGUGCACAACAAAACUGUGUGGAGUUUUACCCCAUAUUUCUGAUUACAUUGUGGAUGGCUGGAUGGUAUUUCAAUCAAGUUUUUGCUACCUGUCUGGGUCUUGUGUACAUAUAUGCCCGUCACCAGUAUUUCUGGGGAUAUUCAGAAGCAGCUAAAAAAAGGAUCACCGGGUUCCGGCUGAGUCUGGCGAUUCUGGCCUUGCUGACAGUCCUGGGCACCCUGGGGAUUGCAAACAGCUUUCUGGAUGAAUACAUGGACCUCAAUGUCUCCAAGAAACUGAGACGCUUCUAACGUCCCCCCGUCCCUUUGCCCAAAUGCUAGCAGAAGCUGUUUCCACCCUGAAGGUUAUAUGGAGUCAAUCAAUUUUUAAAAACAAAAGUCUUUCUUUUGUUUUUCUUGAAAUGGCUUUGUAGGACCAUACCUGUUAGAGAAUACAUUCCUGUUUAAGAAGUGAA